AUGGCGACAAACGUAUAUAAUUAUUGGAGCGAAGGUAAAAAAAAAUCAACGGAUUCUCUACAAGAAUAUCCGGGAAAGAAUAAAAAGAAAAUUUUUGGAAAAAAAUGUAAAAACAAAUUAGAAUCUAAAUUUGGAAAACGUACAACGCAUCGUGAUAAUAACGAGUAUGACGAUGAUGACGUCAUGACGGUUUCGACAGAGGAAAAAAAGAAGGAAACGGGAACGAGUUUAAAUGAUGAAGUCGAAAGAGGUGGUUGGGGUAACAAAUUAGAUUUUCUAUUUUCUUGCAUAAGCGUAUCCGUCGGUUUGGGAAACGUUUGGAGAUUUCCUUAUUUGUGCUACAAAAAUGGCGGAGGUGCGUUUCUCGUUACCUAUGCCAUAGCAAUGCUUUUUUGCGGUAUACCCAUUUUCUUUCAAGAAGUUGCCAUUGGUCAAUAUUUGGGUGCCGGAGGUAUGACACUCGUUGGCGAAUUGGUACCCAUUUUACAAGGGGUCGGUUACGCCACCAUGACCAUUGUUUUUUUUUUGGAUAUUUAUUAUUGCGUCAUUAUUGCUUGGACGCUUUUUUAUCUCAUCAGUUCGUUUGUCGUUUUGCCCGGACUUCCUUGGCAAGAUUGCGACAAUUGGUGGAACACGGAGACAUGUUUUGCACCUGGAAUGGAUCCGUAUGUUGUGCAUAAUAGAACAAAUCAUACAACCACUCCGGUUGAAGAGUUUUGGGAUAAAAGAGUACUCCAGGUAACGAGUGGUAUUCAUGAUUUAGGUAAUAUGCAAUGGGAAUUAUUAGGUUGUCUUUUAGGAGGUUGGAUAUUAGUUUAUUUAAUUAUACGUCGAGGGAUUCAUCAAAGUGGAAAAAUUAUUUGGUUUACUGCCCUGUUUCCUUAUUUCAUUUUGUUCGUUUUAUUGAUACGUUCUGUGACGUUAGAAGGUGCGAAAGCCGGUUUGUUGUAUUACGUCACACCUAGAUGGGAAGAACUUUUAGGUUCGAGACCUUGGUUGGAUGGUGCAACGCAAAUAUUUUUCGCAUACAGCAUCGGAACGGGAGCAUUACCGGCAUUGGGGAGUUACAAUAAAUUUUAUCACAACUGCUACAAGGAUGCCAUAAUCACUUGCAUUGUCAAUACUUUGACUUGUCUCCUGGCUGGAUGCGUAACUUUUGCCAUACUCGGACACAUAGCCGUGGAACAAGAAACCGAAGUAUCGGAAGUCGUUAAAAGCGGUCCCGGUUUAGUUUUUUUAACGUAUCCUGAAGUUGUUCUUAAACUCCCCGGUGCUCCUGCUUGGGCGGCCAUAUUUUUUUCCAUGCUUGUGAUUUUAGGCAUCGACAGUGAAUUUUGCAUAGUCGAAUCUUUUAUAACUGGAAUCGUUGACAAUUGGUCGGAAAAUUUACGUCCACAUAGAAAUAAAAUAACGUUGGGUAUUUGCUUUUUAAUGUUUUUAUUAGGCAUACCUAUGGUCACGCAGGGCGGAGCAUACAUUUUCCAACUCAUGGAUUUUUAUUCGGCAAGCGGAAUGUGUUUGUUGUUUGUUUGUUUUUUUCAAACGAUUGCAAUUUCGUGGAUAUUCGGCGCGCAAAAAUUCAACGAUUGCAUUCAUCAAAUGAUGGGAAUACGUUUGAAUAAAUUUUGGAUAAUUUGCUGGAAAUAUUUAGCGCCUGGAAUAAUGGCGACCAUUUUUAUUUUUUACAUCGUUCAAUAUAAACCCGUGAGUUAUGGAAAAGAUUACGAGUAUCCGUGGUGGGCGCAAGAAAUCGGUUUCGCAAUGAGUUUUUCCUCAAUGAUUUGGAUACCCGUUUACGUUUUGUAUUAUAUAUUUUCUUCUCCGGGUUCCAUAAAAGAAAACAUAAAAAUGGGUUUAAAACCAAAAUUCAAAGCGAGAAUUCAAAAAGAUUUAACGACGAAUUAUGAUGAUGAUGAUAAUAAUUCGACGGUUGUUCCAUUAUCCGAAAGUUCAGCCGGUCUUAUUAAAAAUAAUUCAUUUAUGAGCAAUUAA